AUGUCCACUCGUUCCUCCAAUUCUAACUCAUCAUCUGGUACCGCAAGACCCAAAAUCGGAGUCAAAGACGAAGACUUUUAUCCAACUUCUCAAUGGAACGCUUUCAAACAAACAUUUUCAUCACUCGCCAAAGCAGCCACGAAAAAGAAGAAGAACAAGUCGGGAACUUUGACAGCCAAAUCAGCAUCGGCUCUCUCGAAAGCCUCUUCUGGAAAUAGAGCUUCAUUGCCGCACGCGUUACAGGCUCAUCAUCAACCAUCUUCUUCAUCAUCAUCAUCAUUGGAACAACAACAAGAGGAAUAUUCCACUCCUACAACUCCACUCACAGCAAAUGCUUCUGUGGUGGGUGGACAUUAUUACACUCAAAGUGUUUCAACAGGUAAUUUAGAAGGAACUUUUCAUCGAAAUUUAUCCAUCUCGAGUAUUGAUGAAGAAGUCUUGUCGUCAACAACAACGACUUCAGGAGGAAAUUCCACACCACGAGGUACUGGUGUAUUGACAGGUACUAGUAAGAAUAAUAAUGGAGGAGGUGUCACCUUGUCAGUGGCGCCAUAUGAUAAUAAUGAUGUCUUGUCGAGCACGUCUUCAUCGAGUGAGAGUGGAGUGGUCAUGUUGGAAAGUCCAGCUGGAUCACAAAAAUCCGAAUUGCAAGUCAUUUUGAAUUCAGCAAAUUCUACAACGAGCUUUGAAGAUUCUCCAACAGUUGCUUCAAUCACUCCUUCCUUUGUGUCGAAUGGAGAGAAUGAUGCUGCUGCAGCCACUCCAGCCACAACCGAAGACAUGUAUCAAGAUAAUGAACCAGCCAACACAGCAGAAGACUCCAUGUUUGCCAGUAUCACGGAAUUGAAUCAAAUCAAACCUGCCAUGAUGUAUCACUAUGUUUUAUACAAAUUUGUGAAAAAUCCUGAAUAUGACGAUCACACGAGUUCUGAUAAAUUUGAAGAAUUUGUCACACAAUACAGCGAGAUGUGUGCCAAAGCAAAAAGUGAAGCCACAGAAGGAAUGCAAGAAUUUUAUUCAUGGACAGACAAGGAAAUUAGAAAAUUGAGAGAUAAGGAAAAACCUCGAUCGUUCCUCAUUCAUCAAGCUGCCAAAUAUGAUCGAUCUUCCUUAAUUUUCGUUCUAGUUUCAAAAUACAAGUGUAAUAUAGCUGCUCCUGAUGAAUUUGAAUCGUCACCACUUCAUUGGGCUUGCAGUCACAGAGCCGCUGAGGCCAUCACAAUUCUUUGUCAAUUGAAAGCCAAAAUUAAUGUUCGAGACAAGUAUGGAAAGAGUCCUUUACAAUUAUUAAUUACAAGAGCUUGUCAAGAUGAAGAAAUUGGAGAUUUAGAAAGCGCAAGAAAAUGUUUCAAAGCAGCAAAGGCCAUGUGUAGCAUGUUUGAAGGCGAUUACAAUUUCAAAACAAGCGAUUCGAGCACUGUUUUACAUAUUGCUUGUGAAUUUGGCCGAAUUGAGACUGUGAAAUUCCUAGUGAGUGAAUCUGCUGAGGCCUCCAACUCGAGUUCUGGCAUGGCAUCCUCGUCACAAACAGGAAAUAAGGUCCUAUUGAACGCAAAGGACAAAUUCGGAAGAACUCCAAUCAUGAGAGCUGCUGCCAAUGGACAUUUAAAUAUUGUCGAAUAUAUUCUAUUGAAUACCAAUCCGGCAGUAGUAUUUGGACCAACUUCAAGAGAUGACAAGAAACAAAACAUUCUUCAUCAUGCUGCCGUUCAAGGAACUGAUGCUCUCAUUAACAGACUUGCCUUUUUAAAUCCAAGUGCUUGUGCCUCCAUGAUGAAAGAACAAGAUGCUCUCGGAAAUACUCCACUCCACUUGGCCGUGCAAAAUUCAAAUGUGAAAACAGUGAAUUUAUUAAUGACACUUCUUCAUAAGGAUAGUAUGAAUGUUCAAAACGAGAAGGGUGAAACUCCUCUCCAUUUAGCUUGUAAACUCAAAGAAAAGAAUAUUGCAGAGAAAUUAUGUGGGUAUUUAUAUCAGAGCGGAGCCAAUCCAUCAACGAAAGAUAAGACUGGACAAACUCCAAAACAAUUGGCCACUGAAAAUGAUUUACAAGUAAGCUUUGUGAAGAAAAAGAAGUAA